AUGGAGGCGCGCGGGGAGCGAGGCCCGGCCCGGGAGGCGACGGGCGGGGACCUGCUGCUGGCCCUGCUAGCGCGGCGCGAGGACCUGCGCCGAGAGAUCCCGCUGUGCGCCGGCUGCGACCAGCACAUCCUGGACCGCUUCAUCCUCAAGGCGCUGGACCGUCACUGGCAUAGCAAAUGCCUCAAGUGCAGCGACUGCCACACGCCGCUGGCCGAGCGCUGCUUCAGCCGCGGGGAGAGCGUCUACUGCAAGGACGACUUCUUCAAGCGCUUCGGGACCAAGUGUGCCGCAUGCCAGCUGGGCAUCCCGCCCACGCAGGUGGUGCGCCGCGCCCAGGACUUCGUGUACCACCUGCCCUGCUUCUCCUGCGUCGUGUGCAAGCGGCAGCUGGCUACGGGCGACGAGUUCUACCUCAUGGAAGACAGCCGGCUGGUGUGCAAGGCCGACUAUGAGACGGCCAAGCAGCGAGAGGCUGAAGCCACAGCCAAGAGACCACGCACGACCAUCACGGCCAAGCAGUUGGAGACCCUCAAGAGCGCCUACAACACAUCGCCUAAGCCCGCGCGCCACGUGCGAGAGCAGCUCUCCUCUGAAACCGGCCUGGACAUGCGGGUGGUGCAGGUGUGGUUCCAGAACCGCCGGGCUAAAGAGAAGAGACUGAAGAAGGACGCAGGCCGGCAGCGCUGGGGACAAUAUUUCCGCAACAUGAAGCGCUCUCGGGGCGGCGCCAGGCCCGACAAGGACAGUGUCCAGGAUGAGGCACAGGACAGUGACGCUGAGGUGUCCUUCACAGAUGAGCCGACUGUGGCCGACAUGGGCCCUGCGAAUGGCCUUUACGGCAGCCUGGGGGAGCCUACACCAGCCCUGGGCCGACCUGCAGGGGCUCCUGGAAGCUUCCCACUGGAGCACGGGGGUCUGGGAGGCCCUGAGUCCUACCGUGAGCUGCGGCCCGGCAGCCCCUUUGGCGUGGCUCCCUCCCCGGCUGCACUGCCUGGCCUCCCGGGACCCCUGCUCUCCAGUUUGGCUUACCCCGAUGCCAGCUUGAGUCUGGUGCCUACCGGGGCCCCGGGGGCGCCCCCACCCAUGAGAGCACUGGCAGGGACUGGACCCAGCUCUGACUUGUCCCCUGGGAGCAGUGGGGGUUACCCCGACUUCCCUGCCAGCCCUGCCUCCUGGCUGGAUGAGGUGGAACAUGCCCAGUUCUGA